UUGCGCCUUGAUUCUUGACACGACACCAAACCUGACCAGCGACCUACUCCUCCAUCUGCCCUCAGUGCACCUGCAAUGCGGCUGGGAACCUCAGUCUCAGGGCUUGUUGCAGCAGCACUCGCAGGGCUGGCUGCUGUCUCUGCGAAAUCAGCUGUAGGCAACAGGCUUGCCGUCAUAUUGGACGCAGGCACACCAAAAGACGACUACAGCGCAUUCUUUGGCUCUCUUCAGCAACGCGGCUUUGAUAUCCACUAUGCAGAGCCAAAGAGUGACUUCAGCUUCUUCCACCUAGAGGAACGCGCAUACGAUCACGCCAUCCUCUUCCCACAAAAGUCAAAAGGCCUGGGCCCUGAACUCACUCCGCAAGCACUCUCUCGCUUUGUAGAGGCAGGCGGAAAUUUGCUCAUUGGCGCUUCGUCCACCAUGUCCCCUGCAAUCCGUGACUUUGCACGCGAAUUGGGGAUCGAGUUGGCGGAUCGUGAUAGUCUCAUGGUGGACCACUUUAAGGCGGACAAGGAGGCUAAAGAUGACAAGCACACGACAUUGUUGCUGGAUGGGUUCGUCAAGAGCCCCAUCUUGUCGUCUGAGGUGGUGAAGGGUGCUCCCGUCAUCUUCAAGGGAGUCGGUCAUGCACUUGGCAAUAGCCCUCUUUUGCAACCAAUCCUACAGGCAGACUCAACAGCCUACUCAUACGAUACAAAGGAAGAGUUUGAAGCUGCCGAAGCACCAUGGGUCGCAGGCAAGCAGGCCUAUCUUGUGAGUGCGUUGCAAGCACGCAACAAUGCACGCGUCGUCGUGGCUGGCAGUGUUGACUUGUUCUCUGAUGCUGCGAUGACGCGUAUUAUUGGAGGCAAGCAGGCUGGGAAUGCCCUCUUUGCGCGUGAUGUUACGCAAUGGGUCUUUCAAGAGAAAGCCGUCAUUCGUGCCUUUGGCUUGCGACAUGCACUGGCCAAUACGACGUUUGAGGAAACAUUGCCAUCCAUGUACCGUGUCAAGAACGAAGUGGCGUUUGAGAUUCAGAUGCAGCAAUGGAAGGACGAUCGAUGGGUGCCGUACACAGCAGCUGAUGUGCAGCUUGAGCUGAUCAUGCUGGACCCAUACAUCCGCGCCAAUUUGGAGGUUGCAGGGACGACGACGGAGGCGACGCGCUACAUAAAGACAUUCAUGCUACCAGACCACUAUGGCGUGUUUCACUUCAAAGUCAACUACAAGCGUCCUGGACUCAGCUAUAUUGAAGAGCGUCAGCAAGUGACUAUUAGGCACUACAGGCACGAUGAGUACCCGCGCUUCUUGUCUGCUGCAUGGCCAUACUACGCCUCAACAGCAACGGUGAUCGCUGGCUUCUUGGUCUUUUCUGGCUUGUGGCUCUUCAACCAGCCGACUGCCAUGCCUGAUGUCAAGAAGGCUCAGUAGUCCAAGUCUUCUACUUUUUCUUCGAUGCAUCUCUGCUAGCCUCCACUUCAUAGACACUUUCCACUAGAGGCUUCUACUGAUUUUUGAUUCUUGCG